ACUGAGUAAUAUUUCUGAAUUCCCUCACUCUAGUUAUUUGCAUCAACCACAAAAAUUGACAAAGUUUCUUAAAUUGUUCGUUCUUUGUUUGCAUUGUGAAUUUAUCGACUUGCUGGGAACAUGGUUGAUUUGGGUCUACCCGUGGCUAGUUGGUAUCGUGGUCUGUCGCUCGAUCAAAUGCAGGCGGCAGAUGACCUGGGAAUGGCACUUCAAUUCGAUAUCAGGUCCGUUCGGGAUUGCCUGCUGCGCCUCGGACUGAGUCCUUUGGUCAGGAACCGUGAGCUCGUCAGAAUUGUGCGGCUCAGUCGUGGCCAGAACCUGGCCUUUCUCUUCUUUCUCUUCCAGGAGCACUACGACACCGGCGGUUCCUGCGGAAAGUACACAGUUAAUGCACAACUCUUGCUCUCGGCCAUCGCCUAUCUGGAUUUGCCCGCAACUUUUCGAGCUCUAGAUAAAGUUCUACCUCUACACGGAAAUCUAUCCGGCGAAUCAAAAGUACCGAUGGAAGAUCAACAGAAUCGUUCUGAUCGGCCUACCAUCAUGAGUACGAAUUCUACGUGCCAUCCAGAAAAGGUAGAUGAAGAAAGACCUACGGAUCUCCCAGCUACAUUUAGAGCACUGAGCAGAGUUCUUUCCUCGCGGACAUCUCAAAAGAAAUCAUCGUCUUUUCGCAAAAGGAAAAAGAGUUCGAGACCCUACUUUCAGAAGCUACCACGUCCCAAGACUGUUCGUCGGUCCAAGCAGUAUCUGUCGGAAUCCCCGCUCUUGAGGAUUCAGAUUCCCAACGAAGUGGGGGAUCCGAAGGUGGAUGAGGAUCGAUGGUUCGCCGACUUUCAGUUGCAUCCCAUCCAGCGUACAGUCAAGGCAGUCAUCAACUACGAACUGUGCCACCUGUUCGACCACAUAGACGAGGUUGCUCCUGAUCCUGCACAGGAAGUGAGGGAUCUGUGCGAGUUCCAUGAGGAAACUCGAUCCCAGGAGCGAAAGGCGUUUCUGCAGGAGCAGCGACGACGCUAUUUGGAAAUGAUUGACUUGGAAGGGUCGGAAAAGCGGCUGACAAGGGAGAGGAUAACUUAUCACCUGAAUUGCGACGUGGACAAGUACCUUCUGAAGUUCGGAGACAAGGGCUGGAGUCCUGGUGUGCCUCCUUUCCGAAAAACCGGAUGUGUUGCUUGCAACGAAUUGGUGCAUGUCAGCUUGGAGACUCCUCCCCAGGUGCUUCUCCUCGAGGGAGAAUGGGGGCGUCUGUACGACAGAAGUGGUGCGAUGAUGCGACUCUGUGCUGGUGAGGAUGGCAAAAAGAAUGUUCUGACUAAGGAUAAGGUUUCCAAAGUCAAACCCAAAUAUUUUACGGCACCUGGAAACCAUAGGCCCUUCGCCUUCAACUAUGAACAAAUUUUUAAAAUCGGCAGCAAGCAAUAUUUGGACACACAUGAUGUCCUUCGGAACUCCUUGAUGAAUGCACUCACUGACGAAAAUCACGAGCAGCGGCAAGGAGUUGCUUUGGGUAUUAGGAGCAGUCACAUCAACGAAGCUGUCGCCCGUUGUGUAAGAAAAAUCUUCGAGAAGAGUUUGCUGGCGGUGCCGACUACGCCGACACCCAAGGUUUCCAGUGAACGCCUCGUCUACAAGCGCGAACGAAUCGAUCCCGAUGAUGACAAGUUCAUGGACCAAAUGCUAAGCGAUGGCUUCGAGGUCUUGCGUCGCGAUCCCAAACUGGUGCUGGCCAGCCUGCACAAUGGCCACCAAAUACCGGAGGUGCGGGAGUGGGCUUGUAGGAGAUUUGGCAAGCGAUAUGGCCCACAAACCAAUGCGGAAUUCGAAAGAUACAGGCUCAACAUGUGUAAAUUGUCGGAGAUGGAAAAGAAAUUGAUUCCGCUGUUGACCAAUAUAGAUCCGCUGAUAGUCAAACAAAAUCCCAUUCCGUAUGCACUCUUCAAGGAGAUCAUGGAAAAGUCGAACAAGUUUAAGAAGUCGUUUCGCGAGGAAGUCCUUCAGAUCAUCCUGAAGCAAUCCCGUCUCUGCUGGCAGGCGCAGCACAGCCUGCGCUUUGUCAACAGUUCCAGGAUUCGUCGCACCUUCUUUACCUAUCUGCCAAGUUCUACCAGGAGUAUAGAUCCCACCUUCAGCCAAUUCUUAGCUCAUAGAAAUGGCUAAACAGGCCUUAGAUCACAGCAGGAUUUUUUUGUAAGAGAAGGAUCUUACAUCAAUCAUUAAUAUUCAAUUGCUUGCAUAUCUAGCGCGUAGUGAUAAGUUCAAGACUAAAUUGAUAUGUUUUUAUACCUCUGAUUAUUUUUACCAUUUGACAUGUAGAGCUUCAGAAUAAAAGAUAAUGUAUAUGUUUGA